AUGGCAGAGGAGUGCAGUGAUGUUAAAUCUGCCGGCCCAUCCUCACCAAGAAGUCCUCAGAACGCUAGUACGGGAGGGAAACCAAGCAGUCCUCAUUCUCCUAGACAACCAAGGCGUGUGAAGCUAACACAACAACAAUUGGACAGCAUGACAAAGGACGAGCUAGCAGCCAAGUGGCAUGAACAGGACAUAUAUGUGGAGUGUCUAGAGGCCCAGGCGGCAGCUCAGGAAGGUGAGCUAUCUUCAUUGAGGGACUCCGAAAGCAAAUAUAGACAGCAACAUGCAGAAGCAUCUCAUAGAGAGAAGAUUUUAGUCAGAAGACUUGCUUCAAAAGAACAAGAGUUACAAGAAUAUAUUAGUCAGAUUGCUGAAAUGAAAGCUGCUCAUGCUCCGUCCGCUGUGGCAUUAAGAUCUGCUUUAUUAGAUCCAGCUGUUAAUAUUUUAAUUCAAAAAUUAAGGCAAGAACUUGUUACAACUAAAGCUAAAUUAGAGGACACUCAGAAUGAACUUAGUAAAAGACUAAUGGCAAAAUGCAGAUUGUUAUAUCAAGAAAAUGAAGAAUUAGGUCGUAUGAUUGCUAGUGGACGAAUUGCUAAGUUAGAAGGAGAUCUUGCUCUUCAAAGAAGCUUCAGUGAAGAAAUGAAAAAAUCACAAUCAGAGUUGGAUGAAUUCUUGCAAGAUUUGGACGAGGACGUUGAAGGAAUGCAGAGCACAAUUUAUUUCUUACAACAAGAGUUGCGUAAAGCUCGCGAGUCAGUUACAUUAUUACAACAAGAAAAUGCAGGGUUAAAAGCAAAUUCAAGUGAAAACAAUUUAACAAAUGGUUUAUCACCUCACACACCACCAAUAAAGAAGGAAGAUUCCGAAGAAAAUUCAAUUUCGGAAAUAAAGACUUCAAAAUCAAUGGAAGAUAGUGAUGUGUGCAAAGGUGCUAGGACUCCACCGUUAUCAUCACAACGAUCGCCGCAGUGUGAGUUUUCUAAUACUGAAAGAACAGAACGGGUUGAACGAAAACCCAGUCAAGCAGAUCAUAACGAUGAAAGCUCAAGUGAUUCGGCUGCUUUGAUCAUUAAAGUAGAGAAUGAGGAAUUAAGUGAUAGGGAAGAAGAACAUGAAGAAAGUCGAAAUAAUAAGAGGAUAUUGCGAAGCAAAAGUCAUAAUAGAAAUAACAAUAAGACUAAUGGGGAAGAGGUGCUAACUAGAAUAACUAGGGGUAGGGAUAGGACCAAAAGGGACAAAAGUGCACCAGGUAGUGACGAUGAAAGGACAUACAAGAAAAAAAGAAGAGAGAGUAUGCUUUCUCUUGAUUAUAACGAAGCUGAUGACGAUGCGUUAGUUCUAACUAAUGGUGAGACUCUUCAAAGCGAUCCAGAAUGA